CAACCACAGAUACUACUUUUGAAAGAAGGAACUGACACAUCUCAGGGUAAACCCCAGCUAAUAUCGAAUAUCAACGCUUGCCAGAAUGUAGUGGAUGCUGUUCGCACUACUCUAGGACCCAGGGGUAUGGACAAACUGAUUGUAGAAAAAACGGGCAGGGCCACUAUAUCUAAUGAUGGAGCAACUAUACUCAAGCUUCUGGACAUUGUUCAUCCAGCAGCAAAGACCCUUGUAGAUAUUGCCAAAUCCCAGGAUGCUGAAGUUGGGGAUGGCACUACUAGUGUUGUAUUACUUGCUGGUGAAUUUUUGAAACAAAUAAAACCCUAUGUUGAGGAGGGUGUGCAUCCAAGGAUCAUCAUCAAGGCAGUUCGCAGGUCCCUACAAAUAUGCCUGGAAAAGAUCACUGAACUAGCUGUUAAAAUUAACAAGGCCAAUGCUGUUGAAUUCAGGACACUAUUAGAAAAAUGUGCAGCAACUGCUAUGAGUUCCAAAUUGAUCAACCAGCAGAGAGCAUUCUUCUCAAAGAUGGUGGUAGAUGCAGUUCUACUCCUAGAUGAUUUGUUGCCCCUCAAUAUGAUUGGUAUCAAGAAGGUUCAAGGUGGUGGUCUUGAAGACUCAAUUUUAGUGGCUGGUGUGGCAUUCAAGAAAACAUUCUCAUAUGCUGGGUUUGAAAUGCAGCCAAAAGUUUACAAAAACUGCAAAAUUGCUCUUUUGAACAUUGAACUAGAGCUGAAAGCUGAAAGGGACAAUGCUGAAGUUAGGGUGGAUAAUGUAAGGGAGUAUCAGAAGAUUGUGGAUGCAGAAUGGAAUAUUUUAUACAGUAAGCUUCAGAAGAUAUAUGAGUCUGGUGCCAAUGUUGUGCUGUCAAAGUUGCCUAUUGGGGAUGUUGCCACUCAAUAUUUUGCUGACAGGGACAUGUUCUGCGCGGGCCGAGUGCAAGAGGACGACCUCAGGCGCACUCUGAAGGCGUGCGGCGGCGCAGUGAUGACGACUGUGAACGACAUCGGCGACUCGGUGCUCGGCAAGUGUGAGCUGUUCGAGGAGAGGCAGAUCGGCGGCGAGCGGUACAACUUCUUCCAGGGCUGCCCGAACGCGAAGACUUGCACGCUGCUGCUGAGGGGUGGGGCCGAGCAGUUCUUGGAGGAGACGGAAAGGUCCCUGCACGACGCCAUCAUGAUCGUUCGCCGGACGAUCAAAAACGACGCCGUCGUGGCGGGCGGUGGCGCCAUCGAGAUGGAGCUGUCGAAGAUACUGCGCGAGCAUUCUCGCACCAUCGCCGGCAAGGAACAGCUGCUCAUCGGCGCUGUUGCCAAGGCGUUGGAGAUAGUGCCGCGGCAACUGUGCGAGAACGCCGGCUUCGAUGCGACGAAUAUUUUGAACAAACUGAGACAGAAGCACGCGCAGGGCAGCAACUGGUACGGAGUCGAUAUCGGCAAAGAAGACAUCUCCGAUAACUACGAGGCGUGCGUGUGGGAGCCGGCCAUCAUCAAGGUGAACGCUCUGACAGCCGCCACCGAAGCGACUUGUCUCAUUCUGUCCGUCGACGAGACGAUCAAGAAUCAGAAGUCCGCGGAUCCCGCCCAGAUGCCGGGCGGACGUGGUAUGGGCAGGCCCAUGUAAUAAUUGAUAACCAUGUUUUUCAUUAUUAUUAGUUUCAUGCUCGACUGACAUUUUCGCACUUCAUUUUUGUUCACGUACUUGCGGCCGUGCAUCGUUAUUAAGCGUUUCACAACAUUAA